AUGACCAUGGCCACCUCCACCCCAUCACUCCAAGACAAUCUCGCCUUCAUCUAUACAAUGCUAUCAACGAAGUCACACAACCCAGAAGCAGCAGCCCAAGACAUCUGGCAGACAAUCGUGCCUCAAUGGUUCACUCCCUCCGAGGGUUAUAGAUGGGCCAUGAAGGCGCCCAAUCUCACCAACAAUAAAACGCCCGAUAGUACCGUCAUCCAAGUUAUCCAAGUUAUCGAGAUACCAGCAGUUUCAUUUGAGUGUAUCGAACAUCCAAUCUUCAUAGUCGUUUGCAAGCACUCAUGCAGCGAUAACGAUACCCCACUAGACUGGGAUGAGACCAUGCAGGUUGAGUUCAUCCAUCGUAUUUCCGAAAACUCAAACUCCGGAACGGAAAGGAUGUUUGGAGCUGUUGCUAUUGGCAAGAAAGCGAAGUUUUAUCGAUUUGAUAGGAAAGCACAGCCUGAUCAACGAUUGGCUGGGCUUCACGAGGAUGUAUUUGAUUUGGAGAAGGUGGAUGGAUCUUCACAGGUUGAGGGUACGAUGAAUUAUAUCAAGACAAAUGCGUGGAAAUGGGUUACUGGUUGA